AUGGACGCUCGCUUUUUUGUUUGUUUCGUCAUACUGUCCAGCCCGCUCACUGUCGCCACGGCAUUGUCGACCUCAAUUGUGGAUAAUGUUUCCAAUGCAUCUCUUCGGCGUUGCAACCGUGCCAAAGGCAGUCGACUUUUUCUCUCUUCGGAUUAUGAUGAAAAUUUUAGUUCGGGGCACGGUGGGACCAAUCGACGAGAGUUUCUCACUUGGGGGCCAGCGGCGACUACGGCCUUGUCGGUCUUCGACUUUGGUAGCCCUCGCAACGCUUUCGCUGCAAAUUUGUUCGAUUCGCCUUAUUUGCCCAAAGCAAACGAAAAAGAUGUAGAGCGAAUACCGUAUUCCUCGGCCCGUAAGUAUAAGACAGUGACUCUAGCGAAUGGCCUCCGUGCAUUGCUUGUUAACGACAAACGCGCAUUUCGCUCAUCAGCAGCUCUAAGCAUUGCUGGGGCGGGACAGUUUGCCGAUCCCCAAGAUUUGCCUGGACUGGCGCACUUGAUGGAGCACAUGAUCUUGAGCUUCAAAUCAAGGUCAAGCUUUGGGAAAUCCAAGGACUUUGAGGAUUGGCUGGCUGACGUGGAAGGUGCGUCCAACGCAUUUACUGCAUAUGAUACCGUCUGCUUUCAUUUUUCUUGUCCAGACGUGGCAUUGUCGGAAGCGUUAGAUCGGUUCUCGGGAUUGUUUUUGGAAUCGAAUGUGGUCCAGGUCUGUCGAACAGAAAAGACUGUUCGACGUGAGAUUCGGCGCGUGGAUUCAGAACUUGAUUUUGAGGAUCCAAAUAUCCAAGCUCUUUAUCUCGCGAAAGACUUCGUCAAUCCUGAGAAUCCGUACUCACGAUUCUCAGCGGGAAAUUUGAAUACGCUAGAGCGGACGCCAAAAGAGCUGGGGGUUGAUGUUGGUGAAAGACUAAUUGAGUUUUUCAGGAGUCGAUAUCGUCCUGAGCAAGCCGUCCUCGUUGUUGUCAGCCCCCAGGAUUUCUUUACAACUGGAAGAUGGAUUGCACCGUUUAGUAGCAUACUUUCUCGUUGGAGAGUAACUGACGUCACAACGUCAAGGAAAAACAUCUAUCCUGGGGGUUUCCUGUUAGGCAAUAGGCUAAAGCAUAUGGUCCUCUAUUGCAAAGGCGAGUCCCAGACCGAGAAGAUAUCAUUUGAGUGGACCCUUGGUCUCGAUUAUGCUGACAUUGGAUCAGCAAGCAAACCUUUUGUGACUGCCACGCAAAUAGGAUUCAUUUUAUCACAAAUAAUUAGUCGCAGAGGGCCAGGUUCUCUAUAUCAGUAUCUCCUACGUCGAGGCUGGGUCCCAAGCGGUAACACAGGCGUACCUCGGAUCACAAUACCACUCGAAGUCUCAAGAUUCCAAAUUAUCAAGAUCGAAGUGCUACUCACGACGGAAGGCUACUUAAAUCGAUCGAGUGUUGUCGCCGCCGUAUAUGAUUGCAUUGAUUUAAUCAAGAAAGGACAAACGUUUAAGCUGCCUCGAGAGCUCAUAAGCCAGUAUGUGAAUGUGGCCAAACUUUUUGGCUACACACUGGCACCGAGACCACCCGAUGCCAUAGAAUUAGCGAUAGAUGCGCAGAUAUUUGGCGUUGGUGGUCCCAACAAUGUUGGCUCCGGAAAGUGGUACCGCUUCAUAGCUAUCGACGAACGGGGCGCUACCGCUUUGCUCCAGAGAACCAUAUCCAUAGCUCUUGCAACAAUGAGCGAUCCUUCCAACGCACUGAUUAUCGCAAGCGCUGGAAAUAACGCUUUAAAACAAGAGGGAAUGCGAUUACCCCUCGAUGGAAAGCCUUCAACACCUUCGUCCAAGUGGCUAUCUGAACCUGUCACAGGUGGUCUUUUUUUCUUCGACGACAUGCUACGUAGAAGGGCUGGGGUAGAGACUUUGAUUCUAUCAAAGCUGGUCUUUGAUGAGGAACUUGUUCGACCAGUUUUCAACCCACUGAUUCCCAUAGCGCUUCGACCGCCAAGGAAUGUAAUAGAACCAGAAGGCUUUUCCAACACCAACGAGCGUCUGACUUUUGAAACGGAUCAAGACGUAUCGUUGUCGAAGGAUGGGAAUUGGAAAAUUUUGGGUGCCGAACCCGGACAGGUUGGCCUUCCGCUUCCUCGCUGUCCGCCUGAAACAACCUGUCGAUGCGCUUUCACUCUCCAGUUACUGUCACCUCGUCCAGCGAGAGCAAAUGUACGACAGGCGGCCUUCGCCGAACUUUGGAAACUUUCUUUAGAGUUGGCGAUUACGGAUUUGGCCGAGCUCGGAGCGCCGGGGAGCCUGGCAUACGAUAUCAGUUUUAACAAGUUCGGUCUCCGCUUGACAUUUCUAGGUAUCAGUCAAAAUAUUUCGUCCUACGCGCGGAGGAUUUGUCGUCGUUUGGUAAAACACCACUUCACUCUUCUGACUGGCCCGGAGAUGCUGCCGCCGUCUCUAACAGCGAUGGCAGUUUCGACUGCAAGUCGUGUACCGAAUCUUUCGCAACAGAGACGAAGUCCUAUCGUCAGCAAUUUGCGUCGUGCGACGUCUUAUGAUGCUGCAACCGAAGGCAUUGCUUUCCUGCGAUCUUGUUCGGGCGCUGUUUGCUUUGCGGAGGGGGAUCUUCUUCAGUCCGAAGUGGUAGCUUUGCUUAGUGAUCUUAAUGAUAUUUUCUCCGAAAGCAUCGGCUCUGGUUCGCGUUCUUCCGCUGCAAUACCUACAAUCAAUGACCUUGUCUACAAACCGGUAUGGAAGCCUCGCUUUGCUUCUUCAUGUGCCGUCCCGGGAGUGGCGUUAGUGUCAGACGCGUGCGGCCGGUUACCGAGAUAGCACUCUGGCAUUUGAUCUAGUUUUUCAGCGUUUGGAUGCUCAUAAUAUGUAUCGAGUGUACAAAACAUGUGAAAACAAGCCAGAUCUGCUC